CGCGAGACACGCACUUGCUCAGUGCUAUUGCAGUAUAGCUGUCGUGCUUGUGGGCUCCGUCUGUGCAGCGCGGUCUCAUUCUGGAAUCUUGUGUCGUGUUUUCACUAUUAUCUCCACAUAAGCUCUUUGCCGAAUGCUUCAGUUCAACGCAGAUGCCGCCCGAGUGGUGUGUGCGAGUGCGUUUGUCUGGCACUACCAAAUAAUAUUGGCGCUGCGUCUGUAUCUUGGAAGCAUCCCUUAUUCGGAUCUGGGACAAAAGCCACCCCCGACGCUCUGGUUACCUGGAAAGGAUACACUACGGUGCUGCAGAUGCGGGGAUAAUUCAAAGUCUGCAAAAGAAAAUGCGUGUUUAAGCAAAGUUUUUGGAAUGUGACUACAAUAUCAAAACACUCCCACACAAACCUCGGAUACGAGCACGAUGCUGGAGAAUGCGUCUACAGUUUUGUCUACUUUUACUGACUGGACCGAAAUAUAAUCCACCCAUGCCGCUAAAAUUGAUGACUGUAACCUCAAUGAACUAGAUUUUAGUCAAAAUAAAAUAAAUAAAUAAAACACCUACAGCCACUUACAGUCUAUGAUUUGAACUGACUACACGGUGCAUGGCGUCUAACUAGAUACACUGCAGCUUUUGAUUUUUCAACGAGUGCCAGCAAUGUUGGUGUAGCUUGGACCUUCAAGGAAUCGAAAAAUACAAGCUUAUUUUUUUGAAUUAUUGUUUUCAAGAGGCUGUGCAAUCUGUUGGACAUGCUGGUGUUUGUUUCAUAAACGCAUUUUCUUCUUCUGAGUGAGGAAAGGAACCAGUUUUUUUUUCAACAGACAAAAUAACAUGCUGUGCUUAUCCGGAUAAGAAUGAACAUGCAACGCGUUUGAGAGUUGUGGACAUUAUUUUGAAGAAUGCACAUAAUAUAUACCGCCUUAUACAUAUAUGCAUACUUUGACAUGUUACUAGAUUAUGCAUCGUGUGAGAUCACCCAGAUUGCCUCCAAAUCAAUGAGAAUUCAACAGGAUUUAAUUAAUUAACAUGGGACUUUGGUCGCCUUUCAUGGUUUAUAUUACCAUCUGUGCUUUCUAAAAAAAAACAUGUUGAUGUACAGUUCAUUUGUCAAUGUAUCGGAGUUUUUUUUUUAAGAAAUCGAUGGGAAUUUCACCACGGCUGAAUUAAACACCUGCCUAGCCGUACUUCAUGCUUCUCCAAAAUCAGCUUUCAAGGUGUUAAUUGCCUCCAAGACAAGAAAAGAUGUCAACCGCUGGCUGUGUAAUUUCUAUUCUUACAGUUUAACUCCAAUCAUCCUGGGAUUACCCAGAAUAUUAGGAUUCCAUUGAUACCAGUUAAAUCGAAAGAGACACACGAUAUCAUUUAAUAAAGAGCCCUCGCUAUAGUGUAGUCUCUCCCUGAAAGCUAUUUAAAAAAGUCUGUGGCUUUUUUUCAACCUUCUUGGGAUUGUAUUUAUUUAUUUUUCUAUGGCUGUUUUAUUCUGGUAGAGCCUGGUACAGCCUGUUUUUUUUUUUUUAUCGUUGUCGGCUUCUUUCUCGUUUUUUUUUUUGAUACAGAAUUCAUGGUGUGUCACUCUGUUUGGCGGCAGACUGGAAGCUGCAGCGGAGGUUGAACGAUCAAGCUUUUGGGAGAGCCCACCUAUAAGCUAUUCAAAUCAUAGAAAGAGAGAUACUACGUGUGGGACAGUAAAGAUAAUUCUGCCUCAACGAGCGGUUUAGAUUGAUGUUCCUCUUCAAAGAUCAGAAGAAGCUGGAAUGGCUUUUCUGAGUGCAGGGCUGAGGCCAGCGAAGGACCUGGCAGCAAGAGACACAAAAAGACAGGCCAGGACACCAGGCAAAGGGGAACAGUACGCUGAUCUACCAUGGAAAGGAUUGUCUUCUGCGUGUUGAUGUUCGGCGUGUUGGUGAAGGCUCAUAACUGCCCUGGUCGCUGCAUCUGCCAGAACAUCUCCCCUACCCUGACUUUGCUCUGUGCCAAAACGGGACUCCUGUUUGUACCACCCACCAUCGACCGCAAAACCGUGGAGCUCCGCCUGACAGACAACUUUAUCACCGUUAUCCGGAGGAAGGACUUUCUCAACAUGACCAGCCUGGUUCAUCUCACCCUGUCUAGGAACACCAUCAGCCAGAUCAUGCCUCAUGCUUUCGUGGACUUGAGAGCCCUCCGUGCAUUGCACAUGGAUGGCAACAGGCUUAACUCCCUGAAGAACGAGCACUUCAAGGGUCUCAGCAACCUGCGUCACCUCAUUUUAGGGAACAACCAGAUCCACCACGUGGCUUCUGCCACGUUUGAUGAGUUUCUUGGCACCAUUGAAGACUUGGAUAUCUCGUACAACAACCUAGAAACCCUCCCUUGGGAGGCUAUUGCCAAGAUGACCAACAUCAACACUCUCACGUUGGACCACAAUCUGAUAGAUCAUAUUGAAGAAGGGACCUUCUCCAUGCUUCACAAGCUAGUCAGGCUUGACAUGACUUCGAACCGGCUGCACAAGCUGCCUCCAGACACCCUGUUCCUGCGCGCUGAAGUCUUGGCCAAUGCUGAGGUGUCCAACCCUUCCACAUUGACAGUCAGCUUUGGUGGGAACCCCUUGCACUGUAACUGCGAGCUACUCUGGCUUAGGAGGCUUACCAGGGAAGAUGACUUGGAGACAUGUGCUUCCCCCGAUGCCCUUAUGGAUAAAUACUUCUGGUCUAUUCAAGAGGAGGAGUUCAUCUGUGAACCACCUCUGAUCACCAGACACCACGCCUCUAAAGCCUAUGUCAUGGAAGGGCAAGGGGUGACCUUGAAGUGCAAAGCUGUUGGAGAUCCAGACCCUUCCAUCCAUUGGAUCUCUCCCGAUGGGAAGCUCAUCCACAACACCUCCAGGACCGUCCUCUUUGACAAUGGGACUUUGGACAUCUUCAUCACUACCCUUAAGGAUAGCGGAUCUUUCAGCUGCAUCGCCUCCAACGCUGCCGGGGAAGCGACUGCCCCCGUUGAGGUCAACAUUGUCCCCCUGCCCCUUUUCGUCAACAACACCAGCCACAUGAAGGAGCCCGACCCUGGCUUGUCUGAUAUUACCACCUCGUCCAAAUCGAGUUCCAACGACACCAAGAACCAAGACAAGAAGGUGGUGGUUGGAGAGCUGACCUCAUCCUCUGCCGUCAUCAGGUGGCCUUCUGAGCGUCACAUCCCUGGCAUCCGCAUGUAUCAGAUCCAAUACAACAACACCUCUGAUGACACACUGGUUUACAGAAUGAUUCCAUCAACUAGCAAGACCUUCUUAGUGAAUGACUUAGCAGGAGGUCGGGACUAUGACCUCUGUGUCCUAGCUGUCUAUGAUGACGGGAUCACCUCUCUGACAGCCACCAGAGUGGUGGGCUGUGUCCAGUUCUCCACAGCCAGCGAGAACAGCCAGUGCAAGUUCAUCCACAGCCAGUUCCUUGGAGGAACGAUGAUCAUCAUCAUUGGAGGCAUCAUAGUGGCUUCCGUCCUUGUCUUCAUCAUCAUUCUGAUGAUCCGUUACAAGGUCUACAACAACCAAGACGACUACACCUUAGCCAAAGUGAGCAACGUCUACUCCCAGACCAGCAGCAACCAGCCCGCCAUGCAGUGUUCCUCCUCCAAGCAAGCAGAGGAGAAAAAUGAGAUCUGGGCCAAGGAGGCUGCCAACAAAGACUGCAAGGCUCUGGUCUUGAAAGUGGAUUGCGAGAAACCAGAGGCUCCCCAGCCCAGCCACACUGUCAUCACUGAGGUCCAGCUGUCUCUGAUUCCAAUAGAAAGGCCGCAGACCCAGACCAGCGUAGACCUCCAGCAAGCGGCAGCUGUCCUGUCUUCAGAGGAUGCCCAGACAGACAGCAGCGUAGCAGGUUCCACCAUAUCACUCUGCUUGAUAGGUUCCUCUAACGGCAACAAAGAGGCACCCAAGCUUAGGGAUAAAAAGAGCACCCUGGGUAGCAUUGGCCUCCUUCCUAGCAACAUUGCAAGAACUCGGCACAGGUUCUCCUUCGAUGGGGACUACUCGUUGUUUCAGAGUAACAGUUACCCCAGAAGGGCAAGGACAAGGAGACACAUGUCCUCUACCCAGCUAAACGUGGACGUGGCUUCUCCUUUAGGGAACCGGAGGGUGAUCUUUAGCAGCACAGAGUGGAUGUUGGAAAGCACGGUUUGAGGCAGUGUGAGAUCUCGGACUGAGAUAGAACUCCCCAGGAGCUGAGAAGAAGCGGUUACUCUCUAAUGCAGCAGUGCCUUAUUAAAACAAUGUACCAAUGGGGGAUGCUGCUAGCUAAGUUUCUUUGUUUUUAUUAUUCAUUAUUUGGUGUGUCUUUUCUCUUUUGUUUUAUUUUUACAGUUUUAUUGUCUUUUACGGAACAACAGUGCUUUUGGAUUUGUGAGAUGUCGGUUUGUUUUUAUAUAUACACCAUGAUGUUGGAUAAAUGGAAAGUGCUGUAUGAUCAUUUCCCCUUUUAUGUAUCAAAAAGCAGGACUGUUUCCACUUGCUUCCAGAUUCUGGAGUGGAGGACUCAUGCACAGAAGACACAAGAUACCACAGACUUGUAUCACACCCAGUCUAUACAAAAAUAUAUACACAUACUAGUAAAAAUAUCUGUUAACAAGGAGAGGGAACUGAGAUGAAUAUUAGAUACUUUGUUCCCAAGUAUAGACUGUAUGAUGUUAUUAAUAUUUAUUGUAUCUGGCUGGCCUAGAUAAAAGAAAAAAAAAAUCUGUGUAUGUGUAUUAAAUAUAUAAGGCACAUGACUUUAAAUAAAUAAAUAAAUAAAUAAAUAAAUAAAUAAAUAAAUAAAACCAUUUAAAUGUUGACCACAAGUUUUUACAUUAAAAACCUGUGCCAUCACAUGUUCCCUUUCUUUAAUAUCUCAACGUUUGGACCACCAGUACCUUGGAAGAUGGUAUUAAAGCUUUUGUGUGGGUUAACAUGGUCUUCUUGUC